AUGAGAAGGAUGAGCAUGUUUCCUAAUGCAGAUCAUACCCAAACAGCUUUCACAGAGGAUGCCAUCUGGAAUGAGAUGCAAAAUGAGCAACAAAACUUGCUCGAGGAACUUGCUGCUCUGUCAACACGAGACAGAAUCCAGGCCAUUCGGGAUCUUCCAAUGAGCUUUAAAGAGAAGAAACAUAUCAGGAAAGAAUUGGAAUUACAGUCUUCCAAGAAGUCUCGCCAAUUCACAUGUUUGGCAGAUUGCUCUGAAAAGCUGUCUCUGUUUUCACGAAAAUGCGGGUACCAUGUAAAGUCAGCCAAGCAGACCCUGAAACUGUGGCAAGGCGCUAUGAAAAGUAUUGGUGGGAAGUUUGGGACCAGUGUUCUCACCUAUUUUGUGUUCCUGAAGUGGCUUCUCAUGUUUAACAUUUUCUCAUUCCUGGUCAACUUUGGCUUUGUCACCAUCCCUCUGCUUGUUUACAAGCAAACCCCAAACAUUUCUCAAAUCGUGAACAAUGUACCCCAAAAUGUCACCUUCAGAGGACUGGAGAUACUAACUGGAGCUGGUUACUUCAAGUAUACGGUCAUGUACUACGGUAGCUACAGCAAUGAAUCUCUGGUGGGUUACAACAUGCAGCUGGCCUAUUUCUUCACCAUUGCAGUCUAUAUGGUGCUAUGUGGAAUUUCACUUAUUUUCAGCAUGGCAGUCAAUUUCAAGAACAACUAUGUACUAGCAGACUCGGCAUCAAACAGUGCAUGGCAACUUCUUUGCACCUGGGAUUUUAGUGUAACCAAUGAGAAAGCAGUGAAACAGCGCAGGAACAACCUUUGUGUCCAGCUCAAGGAGUCUUUAUCAGAAACGGCCCAGCAGGAGCGCCUUUCGGUCUCUGAAAAACUGAAGCACUAUGGGAUUAAUUUUGGUUGCUGGCUUCUCUCCACAAGCUUGGCUUUUGGUUGUGCAGCCAGUAUUUACUAUCUCUGCAAGUAUGAGAUUGAGGCAACAAAAAAUGACAAUUGGUCUCUGCUUGAGGAGGCAAAGACACUCCUGGUUCCCUUUGUGGUGUCUUUAAUAAACCUGGUUAUUCCACUCUUCUACUCCCUCUUCAACAAAUUUGAGCAUUACUCCACCCACCGCAAACAGAUAUAUGUUCUGUUGAUCAGAAAUGUCUUUCUCAAGAUGUCCAUUCUGUCUGUUUUGUGUUAUUAUUGGAUGAAUAAGGUGCCUGCUAAAGGUUCAGGUUGGGAGUCCAUGGUAGGGCAGUCUUUGUACCGUCUGGUCCUUUUUGACUUCCUUUUCCUGAUGUUGGGAUCUUUCUUUGGAGAGUUUCUUAGCAAGUGGACAAAAUUAAUACCACGCAUGGGGGUUCCUGAGUUUGACGUAGCCAGAAAUGUGCUUGAACUCAUCUAUUCACAGACGCUGGCCUGGAUUGGAAUCUACUUCUCUCCUCUGCUACCUGCCAUGCAGAUUUUCAAAUUCUUCAUCCUGUUUUAUCUAAAGAAGGUCAGUCUCACACAUAACUGUCAGCCCCCACGGCGAUCUGGCAGAGCAGCUCAGAUGCAAACCAUCUUCAUCUUCCUUCUCUUCUUCCCGUUCUUCGUGGGAGCCCUGUCAAUUGUUGCAUACACUGCCUGGAGCCUGACUCCCUCAAAGUCCUGUGGCCCUUUUCGUGGACUCAACAAUUCCUUCAGUGCGGUUGAUGUCUGGAUAGAUGAUCUAAAAAACAUCACUGGCUCUCAGUGGGUCGUCGAGAUUUACAAUAAUGUCAUCCGGAGUGAAAUCUUCUAUUUUCUAAUCACACUCAUCAUCCUUGUCAUCAUAUACAUAUUGUGGCAAGUCACUAAUGGUCGAAAGGAGCUUAUUCGUCGUCUGAGACAACAGAUUGUCAAUGAAGGGAAAGACAAGUCCUUCUUGUUAGAAAGGUUACAGGACCUUCAAAAAUCUAUCCCAAACAAAAGCAUGAAACAGCAUUCAUAUGAUCACUCAUCUGGUGAUCAGUCCAACUCAAAUGCCAUGGUUCAAGCUUUACUUGCACGUCAGCAACUUGAAGAGGAGGAGAAAAGAUACAGCAUUGGUGGAGUACCUGUUCCUUCUGAAAUGUCUAACUCUAGUUCUCUGAUGCAAGCCAUGUUGGCCCGUCAACUAGCUGACCAGGAGAAUGAAGAUCAGUAUCCGAUGCAUGAUGAAAACCCAUCAUCUUCCAGUACACUUGCUCAGGCCAUGGCAGCCAGAAACAGGGUGGAGGAUGAAGACAAUAAUCAAUAUGACAUUUUCAACAGAUCCAGUGCCGUCACACAGGCCAUGCAAGCCAGAAGAAGAGCAGAGGACACAGAAGAUGACAUGGGUGACCUGCCGCAUCCAGUGUCAAGUGUCAUGAUGCAGGUCAUGCAGGCCAGGCAGCAAGCACAGGAAGAUGACAGAAUUCAGUGGAUGACUGCUCCACCACAAAACCCUGGGCCUUCAGGCUCUAGUGCUCUUAUCCAGGCCAUGCUAGCCCGGCAGGCGGCCCAGAAUGAAUACGAUGAUGGUUACUGA